UUCUGCAGCUACACAGCGUGUGCUGAUGGCGGGGAGGGAAAGAUAGUCUUGGAUCCAACUCCCUCCCGAACAUCCUGAGACUGAGGAUGUUGGAACCAGCGAGGGUGUGGCCCUUGCGAAAGGACAAGUCUCGCUCAGCCUCAGGGAGCCAGAGGGGAUAGAUCACAGUUUGAGUGAUUUCCUUCAGUUAUCACGGUUGUUUCUUUGUCGAUGGGAGACAUUUCACAGAAAAGAGAUUCGUAAAUUUAAUGGUAGUACAUAAAGGCGAGAAAACAAAAAUCCAGGACGUUGGACCGGAGUCGUUCUUCCAAUAGGUUUGACCGGGUUCGACCGUGUUGGAGAGGACGGAGGAGUGUUUCAGGACCCUGGACAGCAGAGUAGCGGGGGAACUGUGGGGGAGUUUCAGUACCCUGGACAGCGAUGGCGUGGCCGUGCAUUAGCCGGGCGUGUUGCAUUGCUCGCUUUUGGAACCAGCUGGACAAGGCUGACAUUGCGGUGCCUCUAGUUUUCACGAAAUAUUCCGAGGUUACCGAUGGGGCUACUCCCCACCAACAAAUCCGAGCCCCGGGCAUCGAUGCACAGCCUACUAGUGGCGACCAGGAAUCGGUUGCCAAGACGACCGAGGCAUCUGAAGCAGCGACAGAAGCUGUGUCAGCAUCAGUAAGUGCCAAGGCUGCAUCGCGCCGAGAGUCGGUCAUGAGGCAGGACUAUCGCCCCUGGAAGGUGCGCCCGGAGCCCAGCUGUAAGCCCAAGCAAGAAUACACACCAACAGACACACCCUUUGAGAAAGAGACACAAUACAAGAUGGAUUUCAAGGCCUGGCCAAUCCCCAAGAGGAGUGAUCACCAUCCUUGGAUACCAAAGGGGGACAGGGGCAGCCAGACACCAGUGCUCACCAGAGAAGAGCCACCUGGUUCGGUCGCAACUCCUGUGGCACUUCCAGCGGUGGGUCAUGAUCCAGCAAAAGGCAAGGUGGCAGAUGCUCUUAACAGGCAGAUCAAGGAGGAGAGAGGGACCAGCACCUCCUACAGGAACGAGUUCAGGCCCUGGACGGUAGACGUCAAACCUACAAAGAUAGUCAAAGCAAAGCAGCUGUACCACCCCCCAGAGACCAAAGUUGCUCAUGAAACCAGUUAUAACACCACCUUCCGGGGUCAGUUUAGCAAACGAGCAGAGAUGAUCAGACCAGGGACUGCAGACACCAAGGCCCCUGAGCGCAGGAAGAUACGAAGCCUCUACAGUGAAGCCUAUAAAGAGCCUGCCAAGCAGGAUAAACCAAGCGCCCAGAGCAUGAAGCCGAAAAAACCAUCAAGUCAUAAAGCGCCGAAAAAGGCCAAAGAGAAACAGAGCACGUCGGGACGGGCCGUGAAGAAAAAGAUGGCAGACAGUGCCCCUGCCCCCAAGCCAGAGGAUGGAGCGAAGAGCCAGGAGAUGAACAACAAGCUUGCUGAGGCUAAAGAGUAAUCUUCUGUAAAGGGGGCCACGAGGGCAAGGAAUCAGACUCUUCCUCAUCAACCGAGGGCACCACCACGCACGUGGCCAGAAACCACGCCUUAGUCCAUUCUGGACCAUAGCGAUCAAUUUAUCUCAAUAUCCCCUUUUACCUAAUUACUGUAUCCAGGAUAAUGAGUGUCCAACUCUGUUAACCCAAUAAUCAAACACAGCUUUUCUGGCACAGAAUCCCAUACCAACAACUAACGUGCCUACAUUAUCCUUGGUGCUGAGGGAUUGAUAAUCACCACAUUGGGCACUGUGAGAGUAAUUGCAGAGAGUAAUCACCAUAACAAGACAGCAAACAUUUCCAAGGAGUAGCUUCACUUUGUUGAUCUCCUGGAUCGAGCUGUAAUCCACCUGAUCUCCUGUAUCUAAUGUGUGCAGGACAACCUGAAAUCACCACUUUGAUCCUGCACGCAAACAAUUUGCUCCUCUCUGAAGGAUAAAACAAAUCAAAGGUAGCAUUUCGGAGCCAGUCGCCCUCUCUCAGAACUGUUCUGAGGAAGGGUCACCGGACCCAAAAUGUAACCUCUGAUUUUUUUUCUUCACAGGUGCUGACAGACCUGCUGAGCUUUUCCAGCAACUUCUGUUUGUGUUCCUGAUUUACAGCAUCUGCAGUUCUUUCGGUUUUUAUUUGCUUCUCUCAAUUGGACCCAUUCUGGCAGUUCUUAGCUUUUCUCUAAUACCAUCCAAACUUGAAUAGGUUCCAGCCUGCAACUUCAUCCUGGUCACUCAUCAUCCCCUAUCUUCCUCAUUCAGCAUUCUGGAGCUCUCGAAGUUGAGUCCCACAGAUGCCAUUUGCCGUAAAAUGAAGAAUGAUGUUCAUACAAAUCCUUUGACAUCCUGACUACCCUGCCUCACUGAAGAAAUUCCACGAGGUUCUCCUUUUCUGCAUAGUCAGUGGAAAAAAGACAGGAUCCAACAAAAGAUGGGUUAGAAUCUGCUUGAGGUCCUUUUAUAGGCCUGUGUUUAUGGUCUGUCCAUGUUUUGGUAUUUGUGUUUAGCCCAGAAACCAGACAGAAUUGAGUUGGAGGUGAGAUGGAUGUGGAAGUUAGAAACAGAAUUAAUUCUUGAGAAAAAUUAUCCAUUUGUAAUUUUUAAAAAAAUCUGAGUAGUGUAUACUGUGCUCCAGUUAGUAGGCUGUUAGAAUUGACAAGGGAGAAGUAGAUUUAUUUAGGAUUCAUCCCAGAGGUGGUCGCAAUAACGGCCUGACUGAGCAACACACAUUCCCCACUUGAUAUCUUUUUUAGAUGUCCUCUCACUCACUCCCUCAUUCAUUAGUGCCAAAGCCUUUGUGUGUGAGAUCUUUUCAAUUGGGCCUCCUAGCUCAGGAGUAGGGACACUAUCACUGUACCACAAGAACUAGUGUGUGUAUGGUGUGUGUGUGUGUGUGUGUGUGUGUGUGUGUGUGUGUGUGUGUGUGUGUGCGCCCCCUCACAGGUAAUAUUUAAAACAUGCGAAAACUAAUGUGAGCAUGGAUUUAGAGCACAUCUCCACUCCAGCAACACACCCUGUCACCUCAGCAAUGAAGGAUUGCAUUUUACAUUUUCCACUACUGGCUCCUCGACUUGAUGGGAAGUUUCUUUUCGAUGCCACGUGGCCCUGUUCCUGUUGCGGACACACAGAUAGUUUUCCGUUGAUUGUGCCGGGGACACCACACUUGGUGCUAUUUCAUUUAUGUUGUGGCAAUGGAAAUGAUCAAUUAAUGUAAGUGUAAAGCUCCCAAUUGUGAUGUGCUUUGUGACCUUUGCUUGCAGUUAUUUACCAAUAAAUGCAAAUUGUGAACACUUUCAAUGUGUUCUCUCUUAA